CCACAGUCAACGCACCAGGCUGGGGCAGAACUAUCUUGACUGCGGACUGUCUCUUUGGCAGCAGGCGGGAUCUAGUGAUCAGAGGCUACCGGGCGAAGUCGGGCGGAGAGCAGCGUGGUCUAUUUUGUGAACGGCUGAGAAUCGCCGGGGUAUAAGUUACUCUGAGUUCGCGGAUACACUGCCAACAUGUCUGGAGAUGACGAGACACAGGAGCAGACCAUCGCUGACGACUUGGUGGUUACAAAGUAUAAGAUGGGAGCCGAGAUUGCGAAUCAGGCCCUGAAGGCUGUAGCUGUGGCAGCUAUGGCUGGAGUCUCUGUGCUCAGCCUGUGUGAAAAGGGAGAUGCCUUCAUCAUGGCAGAGACUGGGAAAAUCUUCAAGAAGGAAAAAGACAUGAAGAAAGGUAUCGCUUUUCCUACUUGUGUGUCAGUUAACAACUGUGUAUGCCAUUACUCACCUCUGAAGAGUGACCCUGAUGUCAUACUGAAGGACGGGGACCUGGUCAAGAUUGACCUGGGUGUGCAUGUUGAUGGCUUCAUCUCAAAUGUGGCUCACAGCUUUGUUGUUGGGGUGACCAAGGACAACCCAGUGACAGGGAGGAAGGCUGAUGUUAUCAAAGCAGCUCACCUCUGUGCUGAGGCUGCUCUGCGUCUUGUCAAGCCAGGAAACCAGAACACACAGGUCACAGAAGCCUGGAACAAGAUCGCAAAGUCAUUCAAGUGCUCCCCUAUUGAGGGCAUGCUGUCCCAUCAGCUCAAACAGCAUGUGAUUGAUGGGGAGAAAACCAUCAUCCAAAACCCAACAGACCAGCAAAAAAAGGACCAUGAGAAGGCUGAGUUUGAGGUGCAUGAGGUAUAUGCAGUUGAUGUGCUUAUCAGCACUGGAGAGGGGAAGGCAAAGGAUGGAGGUCAGAGGACCACUGUUUACAAACGAGACCCCAACAAGGUGUAUGGCUUGAAGAUGAAGACGUCUCGGACAUUCUUCAGUGAAAUGGAGAGACGCUUUGAUACAAUGCCUUUCACUCUGAGAGCAUUCGAGGAUGAAGGCAAGGCCAGGUUGGGUGUGGUGGAGUGUGCCAAGCAUGAGCUGCUGCAGCCAUUCUGUGUGCUGCAUGAGAAAGAGGGUGAAUUUGUAGCCCAGUUCAAGUUCACCUUGCUGCUCAUGGCCAACGGACCCCUGCGAAUCACCAACAGCCUCUUUGAGCCAGAACUCUACAAGUCUGAGCAUGAGGUGGAGGACCCAGAGCUGAAGGCUGUUUUGUUUACCUCAGCCAGCCGUAAGACUCAGAAGAAGAAGAAAAAGAAGGCUUCAAAGACUGCUGAGAGUGCAGCAGGACAGACAACGGAGACCGAAGCUGCAGAAUAGAUUCUCUGUCCAAGAAAUUCUGACAGACAUCUGACGGCCCAAAGAACAGACGUCACCGAUCCUUCUGUCCCAGCUGUGUGAGGCACUUGCAGCCAUAGCUGCUGUGAAUACCUCAGAAUCUAACUGAUGUCAGUCUGGGAUGAUGCUGCUCCUAAAAUCUGUUGCUCCACAUAAAACACACACACAUGUCCCUAGCAAAUCUCACUGUCCAUGAGACAGCCUCAUUCUCUUAAACAGUGGACACAGUUCUUCUGCGAGAGAGGAUAUUUUGUGCAAGUGCUUAUACUCACUGGAACGUUUGACUGUCCUUGAGCCUUCGUCCCUUUUUCCACAAUAACUGUAGUAAAAGAUUUGGAAAAUGAGUCUGACAGAGCAGCCAAGGAUGAUGAAUACACAGUACUGUGUCAAUGUAAUCGUUUGGCUCUUUGAUAACUUCCUUGAGGUCAUAAACCUGAAGCCAUGCUUUUGAAAUGAAUGUUAACUUGUCAUGGGCAGAAAUGUGUAAACACCCACAUGAUGUCAUGAUGUUCACACAGUUUAAAGCAUGAAAUUAUUGGUCAUCAUUACUGCUGAGUUCAGCAUAAUUACAGCAUUUAUCUUGCUCUUGCUUAGUUAUGUCUACUAGUACUUUGUGUAUACUUCUAGGCAUCUACUGCAGGCUACUUGGCUAACAAGCUGUCAUUUUAAGACCUACCAUUGACCUACCAUUUGAGUAAUUUAACUAGUAAAUUGCAAACAAUUUUUUUUUUUUUUUUUUUUUUUUUUUUUUAAGUUGUGGAUGGUCUAACUCCUGCCAAGGGUUCAGCAUUCAGUCUUCUGGUGCCACUGCUAAGCCCGACAGUCUGUGUUUACAUAAGAAUUCCAUACCUGUUAAAUAUAUGGAUGCCUUUGUAAAACAAAUCCCAGUUUCAGAGACUAUUUUUGGAAACAUUAAAAGCCACCUGACAUCA